CGUCAACCGGAUGCUUCACAUAUAUACAUCCAUGAAAUAUCUGUCUCCUUGUUCUAUCUGUGAUAUAACUGAAGCACCAGCAAUAACAAGGGACUGAAGGCAUUGUGAGACAUUUUCGUCAGAGACCCAUCUGACGCCCUUCCCCAGCAGUCGCAGCUCCCCUUCCCUCUAUUUCCCCUGUGACCCCACCCUGACCCCCAGCAGUCCUCCGCCCCAGCAUGAAUGACAUCAGUGUGGUCAGAGAGGGCUGGCUCCAUAAGAGGGGAGAGUACAUUAAAACGUGGAGGCCGCGUUACUUCAUCCUCAAGAGUGAUGGCUCCUUCAUCGGCUACAAGGAGAAGCCAGAGAUGUCGUCCGACCACAGCCUCCCACCCCUCAACAACUUCUCUGUGGCAGAGUGCCAGCUGAUGAAGACAGAACGGCCCAGGCCCAACACGUUUGUCAUCCGCUGCCUACAGUGGACCACAGUCAUAGAGCGCACCUUCCACGUGGAGAGUAACGAGGAAAGGGAGGAAUGGAUGCGGGCGAUCCAAGCGGUGGCCAACGGCCUAAAGACGCGAGUGGAAGAGGCUCCCAUGGACAUAACGUUUGGCUCCCCCAGCGACUGCAGCGGCAUGGAGGAGAUGGAGGUGGCCAUGUCCAAGUCCCGCAACAAAGUGACCAUGAGUGAUUUUGACUACCUGAAGCUGCUGGGGAAGGGAACGUUUGGUAAGGUGAUCCUGGUGAAGGAGAAGGCCACAGGGAUGUACUACGCCAUGAAGAUCCUGAGGAAAGAAGUCAUCAUCGCUAAGGAUGAGGUAGCACACACGGUAACAGAAAGCAGAGUCCUUCAGAAUACGAGGCAUCCCUUCUUAACAACACUAAAAUACGCGUUCCAAACACAUGACCGGCUAUGCUUUGUGAUGGAAUAUGCAAACGGAGGAGAGCUGUUCUUUCACUUGUCGCGGGACCGCGUGUUCACAGAAGACCGGGCACGGUUCUACGGUGCAGAGAUUGUGUCUGCGCUGGAGUACCUCCACUCACGGGACGUUGUCUACAGAGACCUUAAGCUGGAGAACUUAAUGCUGGAUAAAGAUGGACACAUAAAGAUCACAGAUUUUGGACUGUGUAAAGAGGGAAUCACAGACGGGGCUACCAUGAAGACCUUUUGUGGUACUCCAGAAUACCUUGCGCCUGAGGUAUUAGAGGACAAUGACUACGGCCGAGCGGUGGACUGGUGGGGUCUGGGUGUGGUCAUGUACGAGAUGAUGUGCGGUCGACUACCCUUCUACAACCAGGACCACGAGCGGUUGUUUGAGCUCAUUCUCAUGGAGGAGAUCCGCUUCCCCAAGAACCUGGCCCCCGAAGCCAAGGCCCUGCUUGCUGGCCUGCUCAAAAAGGACCCCAAGCAGAGGCUUGGAGGUGGACAAGAAGAUGCCAAAGACGUGAUGACACAGAAGUUCUUCAUCAGCAUCAACUGGCAGGAUGUGGUAGAGAGGAAGCUCUUGCCUCCCUUCAAGCCCCAGGUGACGUCAGAGACGGACACCCGCUACUUUGACGACGAGUUCACAGCACAAACCAUCACCGUAACGCCCCCGGACAAGUACGAUAGCUUAGACUCAGAGGACCACAACCAGCGCACACACUUCCCUCAGUUCUCUUACUCCGCCAGCAUACGGGAGUGACAUCUCUCACACUCGUGCACACACACACUCACAUGAGCAAGCAGGCUAACACACGUUCACACACACUCGCACUGCUGGGGAAUUGGGAUGACACAUAAACUGACACUCUCUCAAACAAACAAACACACACACUUGCACAACACACACACUCUGACACCGAGAAGUUGCGAAAACAUGGAUCCUAGAGCAUGACGUGAUGACUGACCUCCGCAGGCCUGUGUGGAUAGACUGGCGGCCUUGUCUCUCAUUCUGACAGGACCAGGUGGAACCGGAGCUCUUAGCCAUGCCAGCAGGACCCCGUCUGUCUACCCACCACACCACUACUACUACACUGGGCACAUCAAAGCAUCAACAGCACUUCACCAUCCCUGGGUUAUGCCAGCAGAUGCCACCUCAUCACCAGCCGAACGCAUGCUUCACCUAUUCAACACACACACUCUGACAAGCAACACCUAAAACCUCCCAUACACUGCAGAUUUUUUUUACUACUGGAUAAAAAAUAAGUCCAAACAAAUGUAGAAACACAUGAAAGGAGAAAAAUAUUUGUAAACUUAUUUUUCUUUUGAUUGUUACGGUUUUAAAAGCCAUAUUUCAGCUUUUUUUUUACGAGUGCUCUUACUGAAAACUUGCUGUUACAAAUCGUGUGGACUGUUCCUACAGAGGGAAAGCGGGUUGGGGAGAGAAUGAGGGGUAAGAAGGUGUGUGUACCUCGGAUGGUAGCCAUUUCCCUGCUUGCACUGUGCAUGUGUGAAUGAAUGUGUUUAUGUUUUAGUGUGUGGAAGGAGAAUGUAUGAACAACCAUUUGAAUCUCAACAUCUGUUUUACGUUUAUGCAUUUGCAUGUAUCUGUUUUGGAUUCUGUAUGACGGCUAAACGAGGAGAGUUUUAAAGGGAAAGAAGAGAGCUGGUGGAGUUGUAGCUUCCCUGUGGAUUGACUUGUUCCUCUGGUGGUUAGAACGCUCAGGAUGAAAGAAGAGAAUGGGGAAGAGUAGAAUUGACCACAGCAAUUAACAUUGUUCCAGUAGCUGUCACGUUCUCAGCAGAAAUAUCCAGGAGAAUAGCUGUCAGGUUCUGAGCAGAAAUAUCCAGGAGAAUAGCUGUCACGUUCUGAGCAGAAAUAUCCAGGAGAAUAGCUGUCAGGUUCUGAGCAGAAAUAUCCAGGAGAAUAGCUGUCAGGUUCUGAGCAGAAAUAUCCAGGAGAAUAGCUGUCAGGUUCUGAGCAGAAAUAUCCAGGAGAAUAGCUGUCACGUUCUGAGCAGGAAUAGCUGUCAAUCAUUUGUUCCAAACUUUUCACUUUUUAUUUUGAAUUAUCGAUGUAAAGAUCUUAUUUUUUUUUUUUACACUUUUUUUUUGAAGAUCAUUUGGAUGUUCCCAUAUUUAAGAAUGCAAACUAUUAAAUCAUGGAUCACUGAUUAUUUGUAAUGAGGCUAGACUGACUGAUAGAAAAUUGACACUUCAGUUAUUUAGCGGUCGAUAUUGAAGGUUGUGGUUCGUAUUUUCAAGGUAAUGUAAGUGACAGAUUAAGUCCUUUGUCAGUCCGUCAGAGUAGGACCAUUGAACUAGGGUUGGGGUUAGUUCAAUUCAGUUAAUGCAGGAAGUCAACUGAGUUAACGUCAUGGAUUGAAAUGUAAUUGACCCCAACCCUGGUGUGAAACAGAUGCUGUAUAUAAUGACAAGAUGGUCUUGUCUCUGUCCUAACAAUGGGAGUUGUUGUCUCAAAGGCAGGAAGGCAGUCGUUCUGCUUAUCGGUGUAUUCCCUUGUUGACAGAUUUUUAUAUUUUUAUAUCUUACCUCACCUCUUCCUCUCUGUGUGAACUUCCCACAAUUCACCUGUCCUGAAUGCAUGUGUACACCCCUGUCUGGCCUAUAGAGGAGUGGUUCGGGUGAAACAACCAUUGUGUUUCACAGUCAAGUGCUGUGAUGGAUUUCAUUUUUGUUGCCCUUUUCAAAGAUUCCUUCACUCAAGGAACAUUAAGACCAUGUUUCUUUUCAUUGAUUUGUUUUUGAUUUGUGGUCCACCUAUUCCUUACUUUGGGAGACAUUGUCUCAUUUAAUUUUAUAUUAUAUAAAAUAAGUUUAAACAUG